CUCUGAUGUUGCUUAUCGAGUUUUAAAAAAUGCCUUUGUGCGGAAGUGUAGAACUAAGGGAAAGAGGAAACCGACUUAAAUGGGCGGAUGUGUCGGUUCUGUGAGACAGUACAACAUGCUGAAAAAAAGCACUUCAUGCGCUGUAGUAAACUCUGCACAUGAAAAUAUUUUAAAUCAGGAAGUCUAGACUUUGAAUUGGAAAGGCAAUGAAAUGGAAAGACCGGCGCCAUUUCAGCAAGAUCAGUAUUUUUCUGCAAGACCACCACAGCAACAACAGCCGCCACCGAAUCCGGAGUUUCCUAAUCAGGAAAGCGCCGCUCACUUCUUUAACUCAGGUACGAGGGGCGAUAUGCUCCCAAGAAACCGGACUUCGGCGGGGUUAGAUUUGUCUAUGCAUGGGGCAUUUCAGCGCUCUGAACUACAAAACCCUGGUGAAAUUCACGGCAGCGGCGCCGGCGGAUCUUUUUGGCCGAGGCAAGAUGUUUAUCGACAUCAGCAGCAGUUCCCCCAUAGAGACCCGCGAUUUACUCCUAAUGAGUCGGACAGGUCAGCCGCUUUACAGCCACUACCGUAUGGAUCACCGUUUUAUCACCAGCAAGGAGAUAACGCUUCGAACCCAGGUGCGCAUGGAACGAUUGAUUUAAGUAAAACAAUGCAUCCUGCUUUUUCAGAGAUUCCUGGCCAGUUAGGACCUGAUCAGAUGUCCCAAGGUGUCGGUAAAGCUCCACAAAUGGAAUUCAGUUACAGACAGCAGCCGCCUACAGUAUCAGGUUGUCAAGGCAAUCUGUGGCAACCAAAUAACAAUUAUUCUACUCAAAUGCAGACGCAGUUUGGUGACCCACGUUAUAACAGAGCUCAUCGAGACGAUCCCAGUUCUUACGGUAACACUGGUCCAUUUCACAGCCAGUCCGGUCCUGCCAUUCCUAAUAAUUCUAAUUAUCAGAGACAUCAUCACCCCGAAGCUUCCCAGUAUAACUUUUCUGAAAGCACAUUAUCAGAACAUCACAGAGGGCAACAGGAAAUGCAUUGCCAUUGGAAAGAAACGUCAACGACCUCUCGCCACCAGAAAGACUUUGUUGCGCAGCCAGAUUCGGAAGCCAGACAGGCGCAACAGGACCAGCAAUGGAUUGCAAAGUUUUUGUCCAAAAGAAAGAGAAAAGUAUCAAAGGAGUCAUGCCCCAAACAGUCAGAGCGUACCCCGUUGGUAAGCGAGGUCCGCGACGCGGUGUAUAGCGCGGCUCGUUUGGUGUCGGAAUUGACUCGGAUGUGUCAGGUUCUAAAGCAGAACGUAGAAAAUGAGAGCCUUUGGUCUGAGUCCUAUGUGAAAGCACUGGCGGUCAAGAAGGAACUCCAGGAGAAAUUAAAGACUCUAGAUGACCCUGUGUAUAUCGAGGACGUUAAAAAGAAGCUGGCCAGGAUCCGCAAGAAAAGGUCAAGGCUUCAGAGGAAGAAACGGGAACAGGCUCUGGAGAAACAGGAGGAAGAAGCCAGGGCAGCCGAGAGGGAGGCGCAGAUUGACAAGUGGAGGAUGAAAUGCGUCCAGCAAGUUGAAGAAAAGAAACGGGAGCAGGAACUGAAAGCUGCUGCCGACAGCGUGCUGUCUGAAGUGAGGAAGAAACAGGCCGACUCUAAAAGGAUGAUGGACAUUCUCCGCUCCCUGGAGAAGCUGCGCAAACUGAGGAAGGAGGCGGUCGCUAGAAAGGGAAUACACCCAGAAGCAACAGCAGACGAAGCCUUUGAGCAGCAGGUGGCUGUGCUAAGGAAAGUGAUUGUGAAGCGCACUGUCGUGUACGACGCUGAAGAGAAGGCUUUGAGAGUCAUGCUGGAGGGAGAGCAAGAAGAGGAGCGAAAGAGAGAGCUGGAGAGAAAACACAAGAAAGAAAGAGAGAAAGUGCUGCAGAGAAAGCGCCACGUCGAGUCCAUGCUGUUUGGAAAUUCAGCUGAAAUGCAUCCAGAGCACCCUCUUCGACCUUUCAGACAUUACUACUUACAAGCUGAGCAUUCCUUACAUGCUCUCAUGCAGAUCAGGAGGGACUGGGAGUGUUUCUUGGUACCUGCAGAUCACCCGGAUGGCAGCUUCAUUCCUCAAGGCUGGGUUCUUCCAGUGCCUCCCUCUAACGAUGUGUGGGCCACUGCCCUCGAAAAACCGGACUAGUCUGUCCACUCAGGGCAGCUGCAUAGACUGUGGGAACAAACAGUACCACUGGGGAUGUAGAACCUUUUCAAUAAAAGACAAUAAACUUGACCACAAAA